UCUUCGCACCAACAGUCCAGUUCUCUCUUCAUCAUCUCUUUGACAUAGAAUUAUUCUUACCUUGUCACCUAAUUCUACUUAUUCUAAUUCGCUAUGGCUAUUCUCUCCGAAACUCGCACCGCUCCCCGACGCAUGUCUUCUGCCCCUCCUCCUGGACUUCUUGACCGUAAAGUCGUCAUGCUCAAUACCUCACCUGUGAACACCAUCGCAGAAUAUCCAAUCGCUCCUUCCUCACUACCUACCGCUACCUUGCUUUCGAAAUUCGUCCAAUCCUUCAAAGACCUCGAAUCUUACAAGAAUGGAAAAUCGGUUACCAUCGACGGACAGACACUAUCUAUUGCUGCGGUCACCGCAGCGUCCCGGUAUCAGGCUUCCGUGCAACUAACCCAGUCUCCUGAAGUCAAGAAGCGCGUCGAGAAGAGUCGCAAUAUUAUUGCAGACAAAGUUGACAGCGGGAUUAGUGUCUACGGUGUCUCCACCGGCUUUGGUGGCAGCGCUGACACGCGCACAGACCUUCCUCUCGUCCUAGGGCACAGUCUCCUCCAGAUGCAACACAGCGGUGUCCUCCCGUCAUCGACGCAACCCCUCGACGCGCUUCCUCUUCUCGAUCCCAUGGGCUCAACCACGAUGCCUGAGUCCUGGGUCCGUGGAGCUAUCCUGAUACGCAUGAAUUCCCUCAUUCGUGGACAUUCCGGUGUCCGGUGGGAACUCAUCGAAAAGAUGAAGCAGCUUCUCGACUGCAAUAUCACACCCGUUGUUCCUCUUCGCGGGAGUAUAUCUGCCUCCGGAGACCUCUCGCCUCUUUCUUAUAUCGCCGGUACUCUUAUUGGUAAUCCGUCUAUCCGCGUGUUCGAUGGCCCGGCUACAUUUGGAUCUCGUAAAAUUACUCCAUCCAUUGAUGCACUCAAGGCGCACAACAUCGAGCCGUUGCCGCUAGCUUCGAAAGAACCGCUAGGCAUCUUGAACGGGACCGCCUUUUCCGCCUCCGUUGCCUCGUUGGCUCUCAAUGAUGCUUUGCAUCUCACUUUGCUCGCGCAGGUUUGUACGGCCAUGGGUGUGGAGGCUCUCGCCGGGACCCGAGCAUCAUUUGAUCCCUUUAUUCACGCUGUGGAAUCUGCCAAGAUUAUGUGGGACCUUUUGGAAGGUAGCGAGUUCGCCGCUACACAUGAAGAAGAAGUGACCAUCAAGGAAGACGAGGGCACUCUUCGACAGGACCGCUAUCCUCUGCGAACCGCUCCCCAGUUUAUUGGUCCCCAAGUUGAAGAUCUGUUGGCAUCUCUCGAAACAAUAACGCGGGAAUGUAAUUCGACCACUGAUAAUCCUUUGUCCGACGGAGAAACGGGUACCAUCCACCAUGGUGGGAACUUCCAAGCUAUGGCUCGUCUUAGCCUCCAUCAUCUUGGCAAGAUCCUCUUUGCACAAUGCGCGGAACUCAUGGAUCCUUCGAUGAACCGUGGCUUGCCGCCUUCCUUGGCUGCUACGGAUCCGUCUCUGGACUAUCAUGCUAAGGGCAUCGACAUCGCCACAGCCUGCUCCGCAGAGAUGCAUAACCAAGCUGUGAAUUCGCUUGCUCUGAUCUCUGGUCGUGCUACCAUCAAUUCACUUGAGGUCUUGUCGAUAUUAAUGUCGUCGUAUAUCUAUGUUAUCUGUCAAGCUCUGGAUCUACGAGCCCUCCGACAAGAGCUGAUAGAUGGGAUCUCAAAUAUCGUAAAGGAGGAACUUGUCGAUCUAUUUGCCCCCGUACUAUCCCACUCCGACCUUACCUCCGUUACAUCUAAAGUACGGAAGGCCCUGAUCGACGCCCUCGAUCAUACAACAACGAUGGAUGCCGCGGAACGGAUGAAGAAAGUCGCCGCCUCCAGCACCACAGUCCUUGUCGACUUCUUCACGUCGUGCACCUUCAUUUCUGACUCCUCGACUGCUGGAUCUGCGCUAACAUCCAUUCCUUUGUUCCGCUCCCGUGUCGCAUCAAGAGCAACAACGCUCCUGGAUCAACUGCGUCGCUCAUAUCUCUCAGGCGAGCGAGGUGCUGCACCAGCAAGCAGACAUUUGAAGAAGACUCGUCCCUUGUACGAGUUCGUCCGUAUCACUCUUGGUAUCCGGAUGCAUGGAUCUGAAAAUUACCACCGUUUCAUUAAUGGGCAUGGUAUAGACGAAGUGACAGUUGGGCAGAAUGCUAUCCGGGAUGGAAAACUUCAAUCACUCGUUGUAGGCAUGUUAUCAUAAAUUUAUUAUCUCAAUAUUACAUCAUACAUAAUCGCAUUGUAUAUAUACUUCAUCUUGGAGAGCUGCGACAGUAAUAGUAAAUACUCGAGUAUUUACUAGAAGUGUAGAAGUACAUAGAUCUUAAUAAGAAUAAUCAUCAAGAUUCCAAGG